ACGCUCGUGCAUUGUCUUCCUUCCCCUUCCCCUUCCUCUUUGCCCUUCCUCACUUUCUUCCCUGUCUCGUUGGGUCGAGCUGAGCUCGCUGGACCAUCUUCCUUGUCCCUCUUCUGACACCGAAGCCAGUCUUCUCUAUACUCUUUUCUCUCAGUCUUCUCAGCCCGUCAAGCCUGCGUCGCGUUUCUGCCAAUCAACGGGACUAUACACCAAUCUUCCGCAUCCUUGAGCACUAUCCCUGUUGAACGUUAGCAAUGGGCAACCUCAUUUGGCACGAGUGGUCCCGUUACGUCUCCCUCACCGCUACGGUUUACACGAUCUGGGCUUCGUUUUGGGGUAUCCUGUACCGCAAGUUCUUCUGGGACUUUGUUGGUGGUACUUUACGAGCGCCCGGAGGUCUUCAGCCUGCCAAUAAUGUUGCGGUCUUCAUUGACAUCAUCGUCAAAGCUCCAAUUGUCCAAAUUCUGUCCAUGCUCCUAGGCUUUGCUAUCGUGGCCCUCGAGUACCCAGCUCCAUUCCUCAAAGGCACAGCCUUGUAUCGAAGCUUGGUCGUUAGGAUAGUGACGCUUCUGUUACAGGCAUUUCUAGCUAUAUUGUACUAUCAGGGCACUAACGGCGCUAUAUGGUCACUUGUAGCCGUGAUAGGCUAUGCACGCGCGAUCGCUCUAGGGGAGACGAUGGAAGAAGCUAAAGAGAAUAGGGGAAGAGGCGGAAAGGCUUGACCUUCGCUGACCUUUCCGUCUCAGUCGUUGAGCGACGAGGGAGUCAGAGACUUCCCAAGAUGCCGGGUUCAUCUACAUUCUUUCCACUUUCCUUUCCUUUCCUUUCUCCUCACUAUCUUUUACUUUCGGCUUUCCCUUAGAACCCUCUUUUCCGUUACACAAUGCACAGCUGUACCGACGGCCUGCCCCGCUGCCUCGGAUUACCAAUUUUAAAGUUUCUCAGUCGGGCUCUUCUCUCUAGCUAGGGACUUGUAUUACUUUUUUUGUUGUCUGAUCGUGCCACGGCGAAUGGAACGUAGUUCACCAUGAAGUCAUUAACGUC